UUAGAUGAAGAUCAUCGGAAGAAAAGCAUCAGGAAGUUGAGACAUAGGGGGGGGGUGUCCCCCUCUCCCCCCAACGUCAAGAAAUCAGAAAAACAAGGCUCGAUGUUAUUGCAUGUCCCCUCUUACUGAAGGGAAUGCAAAGUCGGGAGCAGAGGCAAGGCAAGGCAAGGCAGGGCAGGAAAAAGGAAAGGGAAAAGAGAGGGAAGGGGAGGCGAGGCGAGGCAAGCACAAGGGGCUCGCGGCACAGGCCCGUCCAGCUCGCCCCGCCGUCAACCUCACGGACGCGACGGGGCCGCCCGGCCACGCGCACGUCGGGCCCCGAGGCCCCGGGCGGGGCGGACCUACCGCUCGGCGGCCGCAGGGGAAACUCCCGCCCCGUCGCGCCCCGGACUCUCACCGCAAAGGACCGAGCGGCUGCCGGGCGGGGGCCCGGGCAGGGAGCGCGCGCGGCGAGGGGCGCCGGACCCAGAGUCCGGGUGCCAACCAGCCUCCAGAGAAAAACAACAACAACAACAACAACAACAAGGGGGCGGGGGUGGGAGGAUUCCCCCGUGGCGUCUGGGGAAGGACUGGAACCCAGAAGCCAUCUUGGGAGUUCAUUAAGAAAAAACGGAUUUAGGAGGUGGUGCAGUGGAUAAAGCAUCAGACUCUCAAGCAUGAGGUCCUGAGUUCAAUUCCCCGCAGCACAUGUACCAGGGUGAUGCCUGUUUCUUUCUCCUCCUAUGUUUCUCAUU